AUUAGCGUUAGCAUUAGCAUUAGCGAUUUUCCCCGUGUGAAACAGUGGGCAGCGCUGUUCCGGUGUAGCUGCAGCCGGUGGCACAGCACUUUGCACUGGGUGCGCGGCUCUUCGUUAAGCUCUCCGCGUCAGGAAAUCCACCUUUAGUGCUCUGUCCUGCCUGGAGAAACCGUUGUCGUGUUGUUUACGUUGCUGUCUGCGUGGACAGGUUUACUCUGGAGAAAUGGCUAUGAGGCAGACUCCUCUCACAUGCUCCGGUCACACCAGGCCUGUUGUGGAUCUGGCCUUCAGUGGAAUCACUCCUUAUGGCUAUUUUCUCAUCAGUGCUUGUAAAGAUGGUAAACCAAUGUUGCGCCAGGGAGACACAGGGGACUGGAUCGGGACGUUCUUGGGUCACAAAGGUGCUGUUUGGGGCGCCACUUUAAAUAAAGAAGCCACGAAGGCAGCUACCGCGGCUGCCGAUUUCUCUGCAAAGGUGUGGGACGCAGUCACGGGAGACGAGGUCCUCACCCUGGCGCACAAGCACAUUGUCAAAUCUGUUAACUUCACGCAGGACAGUAACUGCCUUUUGACCGGAGGAAAUGAUAAAGUGCUGCGUAUUUAUGACCUCAGCAAGCCGGAAGCAGAGCCGCGAGAGAUCUCGGGCCACACUGCAGCCAUUAAGAAAGCGCUGUGGUGUAACAGCGACCAGCAGAUCCUCUCUGCGGCGGAGGAUAAAACCAUACGUCUCUGGGACAGAAACACGGGAGAGGUGGUGAAGACGCUGUCGUUCGAGGCGUCCGUGGGCAGCAUGGAGUACGUCCCCGACGGCGAGAUCCUCGUCAUCACCUACGGAAGGACCAUCGCCUUCUACAAAGCUCAAACCCUGGACCUGAUCAAGACCGUGGACGCUCCGGCCUCCAUUCACUCCGCCUCCCUCCAUCCUGACAAAGACUUCUUUGUCGCAGGAGGAGACGACUUCAAGCUCUACAAAUACGACUACACCACCAAGGAGGAAAUGGAGUCGUAUAAGGGUCACUUCGGGCCUGUGCACUGUGUGCGCUUCAGUCCUGACGGAGAGCUGUACGCCAGCGGCUCUGAGGACGGGACGCUGCGCCUGUGGCAGACUGCCGUAGGGAAAACGUACGGACUGUGGAAGUGCGUGCUGCCCGAGGAGCUGUCUUCGGAGAACUCGGACGCUCUGUACUGCCCUCCGGCUGAGAUCAAGGCCUGAGGCGUGGACCGGGACGAGCGAGCGGCGAGCAGAAGAGAGGAGAGGUCCAGGACCGGUCCAGAUCAGAUCCCCUGCAGAGUGCUGUGCCACCUCAAUCUCCAUCAUCUAGUAAAAAAUACAUAAUCGAGAAACAACAAACGGCCCGCGGAGCUGAGCUUAACACGGGGGAGUGCGGGGAAAUCCAGCAGCGCGUCACGCUACACGACCCAGACCACGCACCAGGAGGCAGUAGUAGAGAUGGGAGUGCUCGCGUUCCGACUCCCAGCUGCCUGCUCGCUCUCUGAUGCUGUUCAACACCAUCCGGCUCCUCCACCGCGCUGCGAUCAGUUACUUCACUUUCAUUAUUGUAUCGUUUUUUUUUUUGUUUUGUUAUUGUUUUUUUUUUCCCAGAAUAUGUAAAAUUUGUGCUUUUAAACAAACAAAAAGAAAAAAGGGAUACACAGUGUUUCUAUUCAGUUUAUUGAUCUCAGUGACGGUGAUCCUGAGGCGUUACGUCACAUGUGGUGUCUUGGUGUAUUAUAAUCACCCGUUGAGGACGUCAAUUUUGGGGUGUUUUUUGAAAAGUAACAAGUAAAACUGACUUAAAAAAAAAAGUGACUUAAGUUCUUGACUAUGGUUUUUCUUUGCAACAUGCGAGCUGUAAUGUGUGGUCAAUAAAACGUUAAUGAGAUACCA